AAAAAGUCAUGUACCCUGCUCAAAAGAACAAGUGUGACCUUCAGCAUUUGUUUUAAAGGCUGGUAGAUAUUCCAGAAGAAAUCAUGACCCGGUGGGCCCGUACAAAUAUCACACAUAGCAAAAAGCCUCUGGAUGCUACUCCAUGGGAAGAUCUGAAAAAUGGAUCUACCAGUGGAACAGUGAGGAAUAAACAGCAAAAUUAUUCAAAUACUCAUUCUUUAAAGAAUGAUCAAGUGAAGAAGAAGAAUAAAAAGAAAAAGGACUAUUUGAAUGAAGAUGUUAAUGGAUUCAUGGAAUACUUAAAACAGAACUCACAGGUAUUACAUAAUGGAAAGGUGAGAGCAGCUGACAGCCAUGAGGUGAAGGAAGAAGUAGCAACAGCCCUCAAGAAAGACAAGCGUCGGGAGGGAAGAAGAUUAAAGAGACAAGAGAUGAAGAAAAACACCAUGGUAUGUUUCCACUGCAGGAAGCCUGGCCAUGGACUUGCUGACUGCCCAGCUGCACUUAAAAGUCAGGAUAUGGGUACUGGAAUCUGUUACCGAUGUGGAUCUACAGAGCAUGAAAUCACGAAGUGUAGAGCAAAAGUUGAUCCAGCUCUUGGGGAAUUUCCAUAUGCAAAAUGUUUUAUUUGUGGCGAGAUGGGGCAUCUGUCAAGGUCAUGUCCAGAUAAUCCUAAAGGCCUAUAUGCUGAAGGAGGCUGCUGCAGGCUUUGUGGCUCUGUGGAACACUUUAAAAAAGAUUGUCCAGAAUACAAGAACUCAGAUCAAGCAAUAACAGUUGGUCGAUGGUCCUAUGGAAUGAGUGCAGAUUAUGAAGAGAUUCUAGAGAACCCUAGAACACAAAAACCAAAAGUAAAAAUACCAAAAGUUGUUAAUUUUUGAUAACUGCUCUUGGUUAUCAGACAAUAUUAAACAUCAUUUAUCUUCUGAGUUGAUCCACUGGUUUAUAUAAAUGGAAGAUAAAGCUGUGUUCUUCAAGCCAAAGUCAACCAUAGCAUACUGGGCAUAACUCCAUUGACAUGUGUACCAUUGCAUCCACUUCCAUGCGGUCUGGAUUGAGUAAACUAACUGGGUUGCAGUUGCUGUAUCACAUCCUGUAUAUUCACAAUUUUCCAGAAACACCCCCAACCUUAAAUGGUGAUCACUUAAAAACCUAAAGGGAUGAUUAAAUGAAGGUGUCCUAAGGAGAAAAGGUAAUCUAGCAUACAAAUGUUUUAUUGGAAAAAAUGCUGAUACAUAGCUGUCAUGAUUCAGGCCAUGGCACUCUAGCCUCUCUAAUUGUGCUCAUUGGGUCUUAGACCUUAUGCUUUCAACUAUCUCAGUCACAUGAUUUUCCUUCUCUUAGAUUGGGGAUCUGGGCUGUAGUAUUCUGUGUACCAGACAUUCUCAGUCCUACAGGUCUGCUUGUGUUCAGGUACCUGUGGUGGUUAUUUCUCUUGGAUCAGCAGAGCCGCCAGAGUGUUAUUUAUGAACAUAUCCCUUCAUCAAAAAACAAAAUGCCAAACACAUAUGAAACCUCAAUUGUGCAGCUUCACUACUAUCCCCAAUGACACUUGGAUAGUCACUUAUACUCUACUGCAAAGCUUUGAGAUGCCAUCCCAGAUGUAUUAAUGCUUUGCACGACAGUGGAUCCAGAGCCACAAAAUAUAUCUGAAUGGAAGAUCUUGCUUUUCAGUGGUGUACUAUGGGUGUCAAUUCCAAUUUGAUGUGUUCAGUUUUAAAUCUGAAUUUCUAAAGCAUUUACAUGCCAAGUAUUUCUAUGUACCUUAAAAGUGCUUAAGGGCCCCUUAAAGGGUGAUUAAGGAUCCCUGUCUCAUCACAAUCUUAGUUUGGUUCAGAACUCUAAUCUAUAAGACACUGUCCUAAACUUUGAAGGAAAAUUAUGUAGUAAUCAAGAGGUUCAGUUUGAAAGACAGCCUGAAUUAAGAACAUAGGCACAGGGCUCUCUUUUGGGCCAAGUCAUGUCUAGUUGCUGCCUUAGAAUGUAUGAUGUCUUGUGGUAAAUCACUAGAAGAACAAAUUGCUUAAAUGCCUCCUUAUAUUUAUAUAUUGUCUUAA